AGAUCGUUCUGAAUAUAGACACGGAAUCUUAUGCAUGUCUACGCACGUACCCAGGCACACAUAGGGAAGGGAAGGGGUGUGUGACUUAUUGCGGACUGGCUCUUUAAAAUUAGAUCUGCACAGGAAGCAUAGAGAUGCCUCCCACAGAGAAAAGGAUUUAGAUGCAGCCACAGAGGGAGGCAGGCUUCCGAUUUCUCUCAGCUACAAGGCAGAUGUGCGAUUCCGUCUUUAGUCCUGCACAGCAUCACUAGAUAACCUUCAGUGCUGUGCUUCCAAUAGGACUGCAAGCAUUCUGUGGAGCGGAGCGUACUAAGAACUCAGCAUCUCUGCACAGCAUCAAAGACCGAAGCAUAGCCUUGGAACAGGUGAGGAAUGGCUUGGUUGCUGUCAAAGAUCCCAAUUUGCAGAAGUGCAAGCUCUCUUCCCUGGCUGGACCUUCCUGGGAGAUACUGAGAAGACAAAAGCUCACAACAGCUUCCUCGUGAUAUAAGAAGAGACUGACCAGAGCAACAUCAUGAGGCAUGAAUGGCACCCUACCAACGACACGCUUGCGAGCACCAACUUUGCUGCGAUAUACAGCCACUUCAGCAGAGACUUUUCCUUCUCCCCAAACUACACUUUCCCCUUCAACUUCAGCUACAACGACUAUGAUCUACCCCUGGACGAUGGCGAUGACGUGACCAAGACCCGCACUUUCUUUGCCGCCAAGAUCGUCAUCGGUGUGGCGCUGGUUGGUAUCAUGCUGGUCUGUGGCAUUGGCAACUUUGUCUUCAUCGCCGCUCUGGCCCGAUAUAAGAAGCUGCGCAAUCUCACCAACCUUCUCAUUGCAAACCUGGCUAUCUCUGACUUCAUUGUGGCCAUCGUCUGCUGCCCUUUUGAGAUGGACUACUAUGUGGUCCGGCAGCUGUCAUGGGAGCAUGGCCAUGUGCUCUGUGCCUCAGUCAACUACUUGCGCACUGUCUCACUCUACGUCUCCACCAAUGCGCUCUUGGCGAUUGCUGUGGACAGGUACCUCGCCAUCGUUCACCCACUGAAACCCAGGAUGAACUACCAAACAGCAACCUUUCUGAUUGCCGUUGUCUGGAUCGUCUCUCUAAUCAUUGCCAUCCCAUCCGCGUAUUUUGCGACGGAAACCGUAUUAUUCAUGAUCAAAAACCAAAAGAAAAUUUUCUGUGGCCAGAUUUGGCCUGUCGACCAGCAGAUGUAUUACAAAUCCUAUUUCCUCUUCAUCUUUGGCAUCGAGUUUGUCGGACCCGUUCUCACCAUGACCCUCUGCUAUGCCAGGAUCUCGCGGGAACUUUGGUUCAAAACGGUCCCGGGCUUUCAGACGGAACAGAUCCGGAAGAGGCUCCGUUGCCGGAGGAAAACGGUACUGGUUCUGAUGUGUAUCCUGACGGCCUAUGUCCUCUGCUGGGCACCUUUCUACGGAUUCACAAUCGUCCGUGAUUUUUUCCCCACCGUGUUUGUGAAAGAGAAGCAUUACCUUACCGCCUUUUAUAUAGUAGAAUGCAUAGCCAUGAGCAACAGCAUGAUAAACACCAUGUGCUUCGUAACCGUAAAGAACAACACCAUGAAGUACUUCAAGAAGAUCAUGUUGCUCAGAUGGAGGUCCACCUACCAUGGAGCCAAGUCUAGCGUAGAUACCGACAUCAGAACUAGCGCCAUGCCUGUGACAGAGGUGGAUUGCAUUAGGCUAAAGUGAAAUUUGGGCAGAAAUCUCCUCACAGCAAAGAUGUGUGUGGCCUCAUGAUUUCAUCUGACUUUCUUUUCUUUCUUCACAUGGGCAGAAGAACCUUCCAUGUUCUCUUAGGCUAGUGGUGUCCAAACUUUUCAAAGAGGGCCAGAUUUGAUGAAGUGAAGGGCCAUGGAGGCCAA